AUGGCUCCAACAACAUCCAAUGGCAACCAGUCGAGUACAGUUCCAGCUCGCUUUCUCCAACUAAACAGCGGUACGCUCAAAUUGAAAAAGAAACUCUUUCCACUGUUCACGCCUUUCACAAAUUCGAUCAGCUCCUUUUCGGCAAGUCUGAUAUUACGGUUCACAGCGAUCAACAACCCCUAGAAACUAUGUUCAAGCGCCCUCUAACCUCUGCUCCGCGUCUUCUCUAGAGCAUGAUCCUUGCCCUGCAGCGAGUAUCGAAAGGGCUCUUCACUUCACAUUGCGGACUCCCUUUCUCGAGCGCCUUGGGCCACUACAUUUCAUAAGCAAGUCCACGAUGAGUUAGUCUACCGAGUGGAGUUUGGGUCCACCACACCUAACCUUCCUGGUUUUCGAGAUACUACCCUCCGGUACAUUAGAGCUGCAGCUUCCUUAGAUCCCGAUCAGAUUGCCCUCCACUCAUGGCCAAACGAAGUUGUUGCUGUGCUAGCACAGCCAUAUUGGUCUGUACAUAACUAA